AAUUGCUGUUGCAAGCAGCGGAAUCACCCCUUCAAAUUGACAACAAAAACAAACUUUCCGCGAGGAUUUUUCGGGAAAUCCGGUUUUUCCUUGCAAAAAACCCCUGCAAAUUGCACAAGAAGUAGCGUGUUGUGUCCACGGGAGACUUAUGUGAUAGAAAUUGAAGGAAUUGCUGUGAAAAUGCAAACUUAAAUACGUAAAUAGAUAGAGAGAGAGAGGAGAGACGAGUGUUGGGGGUGGAGGAUGGAGAAUAUUAGACUGAUGAUGCGUGUACUCAAUGAUUCCUCCGAAUUAUCCUCGGAUGCGGAGGAGGAGCAGGAGGAGCAGAAGAAGGAGUCGGCAUCCCCAAAAGGUACCGUGGCAACAUCCCACGGCGAUGGUGAUAGAAAAAUGCCUCAAAAUAUCAUUAGGAAGCUGUUCAACAGAGAGCGAACUGGAUAUCUUAGUAGUAAUGCCAGAAAUCUUGCCAUGGAGCUCCCCUUUAAGCAAGUUCCCGCACGAUUGUCCUUUCACUUGAAGGAAAUUGUUCCCUAUUGCUAUCUCGAUGGUCACGUCUUUAUGGGUUUGUCCGCCUGUGGGCAAUUCCUGCUGAGCUACAAAGUUUCCUACGACGAGGAAUCCAUCAAUCACUACAACUUCAGCUCACCGUAUAAGUAUGAGUUGUUCUUCUGGAUCUACCGCCCACACUGUAUGCUCAAGAACUACUAUAAAGUCUGCCUGUUUGACGAUCACGGCGUGGAUAACAUGAAGACGGUCACAAUGACGCAGUGGAUGACAAACCCACGCUACCUCAUUGUUCACGGUGAGAGUGCCUCCUUCCACGAGGAUUCCUACAUUACGAUCGCUUCGGUACCCAAACUCGGCUGCCGGGACUGCACUGAACUCCGCCGGACGGAUAUCUUUCCCUGCUGCGGCAGCCUCUGCAUCAAAUGCAACCUCACAAUCCACACAAAGUACAGCUGUUUGGACUCAGAUCCCAAAUUCGACCCAAAGCUCAACCUAAACUGCCCCGAACGCAUCGUGAUUGUGGCAAAUGGUUUCAUUCACACCGUCAAUGUGAGGCUGGAGAUGAAUCGAACGGAAAAGAGGUUUCUCUCCUGCCCCGAUGUGCGCCCCAUGGCGGAGAAAAUAAAGGAAGUCGUGCGGCCAGAAGCCCCAAAAGCUGACCCAAAACUAGCAGAGGAGGAUGCAAAGACAAUUGUUGCGCGAAUUAUUGCGGAUUUUGCAGAAUGUGAGACUGAGACGGUGCCUCUGGAGAAGACGAUGAUCUUCUCGAGAAUCGACAAGUCCGUCCUCGAUGACAACAGGAGCUUCGAUGAGCUGAUCAUCACGUGCGGCACAAGUGCCCCUCAAUCCAGCUCAAAUGUACUUACAGGUAUUGUCCCAGCGGGGAAUCACGACAACCCCAAUGGGGCAACAGAUGACGGCAUGAGCCGCACGGGACUCUCCCAGAGGAAUUACCAAACAACCACAAAGCAAUCCCCACGGCAAGUUCUUCGGCGGAAUUGCUGGAAAUCCAGCAAAAUCACAACAGUUGACCUCCAGGGGAGCUGCUCGACGAGUGUCGCGAGCACCAAGGCCAUGGAUAUUGCCGCAAAGACGUACGAAUUCUCCGAAGAGAAUGAGAAAUGCGAGAAAAUCAGCCUCUUCCGGAAGAGGCGCCUCGCGGAUAAAAAGUACGAAUUCUCCGAGGAUAAUUCCGAGAAUAUCAUCCCCUUCAAUCGUCUCCGCAUGGGAAAAGUACGUCGUUCAUCACCCGUAAGUGGUGGUAGUGGAGCCUCCUCCGUGUACAGCACAUCUCCACCCAAUUACGCCUACGAAGUUCCCUCUCAUCACCACCGGGCGUCUCCCAGUCAGGGCUUUAGGUCCCCAUGUGGCUCUCCGGUGGGAAAUCGUUGCUUGCGCUCCCCUCCAGGCUACCACACACCCCCAAUGCGCUCACACUGCUUCAAUCCACGCUCCCCGACGUACGCCAAGCCUUUCGGGAUCCUCAUGUCGCCCCGACAGAGGCGCUCAGGGUCAGCAGGGAUCUUUCUGUCGCCCAAGAGAGAGUGCACAACACCCGAAGUGAGUGAUCGACCGCUGUGCUCAAAGAAAUUCGAAAGACGCUUCGUUGAGGAAGAUGAUGCAGCUUCGGUGAUUACCAGUGAGGAGGAUGACUGCAUCUCUCCAGGAUACCAUCUUUCCCUGCCAAUGGAGGUUCAUGGAUCAUGCUAUUCGGACAUGCAGAUGAUCUCUCAGUCAUCCUUCCAGCGGUUGCAAUGCCCAACGGUUGUGAUAACGCAGAAUUCCAUUGAUUUGGAGGCGUUAACGUUCCACGUGGCGAAUCAUCUGUGUCAGCGGCAUGAUAAGCAGUACGGCGUUUUCUACGACUGGGCGUGCGAAGUGGUGGCACUGUGUCCCUUCAGUGGGCGCCUCACGUGCCUCCUGCUCGUCCAUUUCACGGCCAUGGAGAAGAAUCGCGGGCAAUGCCUCACUUGUGCCGCCGCCGUGGAUUGCGUCUACCACAGACGCCAAUUCCAGGCGAAUGCCCUCUUCACGUGGGACACAGAGAGCGGCGAGUGGAAUGUGGAGGAUUACGGGGAGCUGAGUGAGGUGACAAAGCCAUCGCCGGCGAAAACUUCAUCAGCCCUCACAAUGGCCGCCUUUGCCCUUGGCCGGGAUAUUCGGCAGAAGAGACGCAGCAUUGAAGGGGGUACGACGGAGCAUCUGCGUGUCCUCAAUUCGUGCAACGAAAAAUCCAAAGAGACCCUCAGCGAUACACGCAACUGCAUCGAAUUCUACCGCACGAGCGCCACAGCGAGGCGCCUGAAUCUCUAUGGGGACUCCUCAAGUAGUGCCAGUGAGUACACGGCGGACUCUGAGGAGGAUCCAGAUCCACUCUUUCACCUCUAAAAAAACACGCUGCCGGUUGUUGUGUGGAAAGAAUGACAUUUUGAGAUUUUUCUUGUGUGAUUUGCAGCAUAACAAUUUUACUUACAUAUUUUAGAUUUUAAUGAAACAUUUUUAAUUGUAAAUACAUUAUAUUAUACAACAAAAAAUUAUCAAAAUAAAAAAAAAACAGCCAGUCAGGUUCUCUGAAACUCUACAA